AUGGGCAAAUAUCUUAAGAUAUUCAUCUUCAAAACUGACAUACCAGCCAGUGGAAAUGAGCUGCGACUCAUUCUACAAAGAAUUGGAAAAUGGUAUAUAAAUGCCGCAGACCAAGAAUUGACAUUAAAACUCAGAAUCUUGUCAUCGUGAGUCACAUCUCCUGUCACCGUGUCUUACAGCUGCUCUUCUGGAAAAUUCUCCUCCCGCUGCUUUGGAGGCUCCCUGCAGUACCCAGGCUCCUCCUGUGGCUCUUCCUUCCCCAGCAACCUGAUCUACCGCACUAACCUCUGCUCUCCGGGCACCUGCCAGCUGGGAUCCUCUCUCUACAGUGGCUAUCAGGAGACCUGCUGUGAGCCCACCAGCUGCCGGACGUCCUGUGUGGUGUCCAGCCCCUGCCAGACGUCCUGCUUCCGCCCGAGGUUCUCCACGGUCAGCGGUCCCUGCCAGACGAUUUCUGAUGGGUCUCUGGACUUUGGUUCCAGGGGCUUUCAAUCUUUUGGUUGUGGCUCCCCAUUCCUGGGCUUUGGAUCCAGUGGCUUCCAAUCAGUAGGUUGUGGUCCCAAUGCUUUCUCGUCCCUAAAUUACAGAUCUAACUUUUUCCGCCCAACCUACUUCUCUUCUAGAAGCUGCCAGUCUACUUCUUAUCAAUCAGCCUGUGGAUCUGGCUUUUACUAA